UGUUCAUUUUAACGAGAAUAGAGACUUACGGGAAAAUAGACUUUCAUUAAUGAAUGACAAAACCGUCCGGUUAGUUUCAUUUGAUGUUAAUAUCAAAGUUAAUGUGAGGAUUAAUCCACAGGUGCACAGAGACAGUAAAAGCAGUGGCAUCGUGGGGUUGGAACUGAGGUGUGGAAGGGCGGAAGAAUGGAAAAGAUAAAGAGAGUGAUGGGGUGAGGAAAGGAGAUGGUUUCUGCCUGACUGAUGACUUUCCAGGGAAACCCUAAAUGGAUGGAGGCAGAUUGAAGAAUUCCCAGAUCCCGCGCUGUCAGUGGUUGCAGAAGACAAAUCAGAGGGAUGAGACCUCAGGGUAAUGGAUGGUUUUAGAAUUGUGACCAUAUCAGGAAAGAGAAGGCCUGAUAUAAAACAGCAUGGCCUCAGCUAAUGUAACCAUAGUCCUCCUGAGCACACCUCUGACUCCUGCAUUGCUGCCUGUAGGUGUGUGAGCUGGUCAAUCACUUGGUUGGUGUUUGUUGGUGGCCGCAGCAGCAGCCAUGCCGGGUGCAUAUAAAGGGGAGUGUGGGGAUGAUGUGGACCCCAUGCCCUUCCUGGUUCCCUCUGAGAAGGAACGCAUGGAUGCUAUGAAUAAGCCAUAUGACAUCAAGCGCUCCUGCUGGGUCAAAGAUGAGAAGGAGGCUUUUGUUGCCGGUGAGAUUCAGUCUGAAGAAGGGGACAAAGUCACCAUCAAGACUUCCAAGAACACAACCGUGACCGUCAGGAAGGAUGAUGUCCACCAGAUGAACCCUCCUAAGUUCUUCCAGGCCAGUGAUAUGGCCAACCUCACUUUCCUUAACGAGGCCAGCGUCUUGGAAAACCUGCGCAGCCGCUACGUCAGCAUGAGGAUCUAUACCUAUUCGGGGCUUUUUUGUGUGACGAUCAACCCGUACAAAUGGUUGCCCAUCUACGGAGCCAAAGUGGCCCAGAUCUACAAAGGGAAGAAACGCAGUGAAGUUCCCCCUCAUCUCUUCUCCAUCUCGGAUAAUGCGUACCAUGACAUGAUGAUGGAGCAUGAGAACCAGUCUAUGCUGAUCACUGGAGAAUCUGGUGCUGGUAAGACUGAGAACACCAAGAAGGUUAUCCAGUACUUUGCCAAUGUCGGAGCUUCAGGGAGCAAACUUCCUGACUCCAAGGGUUCUCUGGAGGACCAGAUCAUCCAGGCUAACCCGGUGCUGGAGGCAUUCGGAAAUGCCAAGACCAUUAGGAACAACAACUCCUCACGCUUUGGAAAAUUCAUCCGCAUUCAUUUUGGCCCAACAGCUAAGCUGGCUGGUGCCGACAUUGAGUCGUAUCUGCUGGAAAAAUCGAGAGUAAUUUCCCAGCAGGCAGCUGAAAGAGGAUACCACAUCUUUUAUCAGCUGCUGUCAGGAAGGAAGCCAGAGCUCAUAGAGGCACUGCUGCUGAGCCCAGAUCCCAAACAGUAUGUGUGGGUGUGUCAGGGGGUCACCGUGGUGGACAACAUGGACGAUGGUGAGGAGCUGCUCCUCACUGAUGAAGCCUUUGAUGUCCUGGGCUUCACUCAGGAGGAGAAGAUGAGCGUGUACAAGCUGACUGGAGGCAUAAUGCACUUCGGCAACAUGAGGUUCAAACAGAAACCCAGAGAGGAACAGGCUGAUGUGGAUACCACGGAGGUGGCUGACAAAGUUGCCCACCUCAUGGCCAUCAACUCUGGGGAGCUGCAGAAGGGUAUAACACGGCCCAGGGUCAAAGUUGGCAAUGAGUUUGUGACCAAAGGUCAGAACCAGGACCAGUGCGUUUACUCCAUCGGUGCUCUGGCAAAAGCCAUCUAUGACCGGAUGUUCAAGUGGAUGGUGACCCGCAUCAAUAAGACACUGGACACUAAGAUGCAGCGGCAGUACUUCAUAGGAGUACUGGACAUUGCAGGGUUUGAGAUCUUUGAGUUUAACAGUUUUGAGCAGCUCUGCAUCAACUUCACCAACGAGAAGCUGCAGCAGUUCUUUAACCACCACAUGUUUGUGCUGGAGCAAGAAGAGUACAAGAAGGAAGGCAUCGACUGGGUCUUUAUUGAUUUUGGUCUGGAUCUGCAGGCCUGUAUUGACCUGCUGGAGAAGCCUAUGGGGAUUUUCUCCAUCCUGGAGGAGCAGUGUGUGUUUCCAAAGGCGACAGAUGCGACCUUUAAAGCAGCUCUAUAUGACAACCACCUUGGCAAGUCCUCUAACUUCCUCAAGCCAAAAGGGGGGAAGAAAGGACCUGAAGCUCAUUUUGAGUUGGUGCACUAUGCUGGCACAGUGGGCUACAACAUUGCUGGCUGGCUGGAGAAGAACAAAGACCCUCUGAAUGAGACGGUGGUGGGACUCUUCCAGAAGUCCUCCAUGCCCUUGUUGGCUGUGCUCUUCAAAGAGGAGGAGGCUGCAGCAGGGACCAAGAAACAAAAGAAAGGUUCUUCCUUCCAAACUGUCUCCAACUUCUAUAGGGAACAAUUAAACAAGCUGAUGAGCACCCUGCGAAGCACUGCUCCCCACUUUGUCCGCUGCAUUGUGCCAAAUGAGUUCAAGAAGUCAGGUGUGACAGACAACCAUCUAAUCCUCCACCAGUUAGCCUGUAAUGGUGUACUGGAGGGCAUCCGCAUCUGCAGGAAAGGAUUCCCCAACAGACUGCAAUACCCAGAAUUCAAGCAAAGGUAUUACAUCCUCAACCCCAACGUCAUCCCUAAGGGAUUUGUUGACAACAAGAAGGCAUCUGAGCUCAUCCUAAGUUCUGUUGGCCUGGACAAUAUGGAAUAUCGCAUUGGCCACAGCAAGGUGCACUACUGUGUUUUCCGUGCAGGUGUCCUUGCAAAGCUGGAGGACAUGCGCGAUGAACGGCUGGCUAAGAUCAUAACCAUGCUGCAGGCUCGCCUCAGAGGAACUCUGAUGAGGAUCGAGUUCAAGAAGAUGGUUGACCGACGAAUUGCACUGACGGCCAUCCAACGAAAUGUGAGGAAGUUCCUUCAGUUACGUUUCUGGGGCUGGUGGAAACUCUACACAAAGGUGAAGCCCCUGCUGAUGGUUGCCCGUCAGGAGGAGACCUUCAAGGCUAAAGAGGAGGAGCUGAGAGUGGCAGUGGAAAAGGUCAAGGAGCUGGAGGGCAAGCUCAAAGAUCUGGAUGAAAAGAUGGUCACUCUGUCACAGGAGAAGAACGACCUCGCCCUGGCGCUGGCUGCAGAGCAGGACACGCUGGGUGAUGCUGAGGAGCGCUGCACCCAACUGAUGCACCAAAAGGUCCAGCUGGAAGAGUCAGUGCAGGAUCUGCGUGAGCGCCUGGAGGAAGAAGAAGGCAACACAGCCUCCCUCCAUGGCCAGAGAAGGCAACUGGAGGGGGAACUGAUGGACCUAAAGAGAGACCUGGAGUCUCUGGAGUCUACACUGGCCAAGACUGAGAAGGAGAAGCAGAGUCUCGACUUCAAGGUGCGAACUCUGACAGGUGACCUUAACCAUCGGGAUGAUCAAAUUGCCAAGCUGCAGAAGGAGAAGAGAGCUCUGGAGGAACUGCAACAGAAAACUCUGGAUGAUCUCCAAACAGAAGAAGACAAAGUGAACCAUCUGACCAAGACCAACAGCAAGCUCAACGCCCAAGUCAAUGAGCUGGAGGACAGCUGGGAGCAGGAGAAGAGGAUCAGGGCAGAGGUGGAGAAGGCGAGGAGGAAAGCAGAGGGAGACCUAAAGAUGACCCUAGAAAACCUUAAUGAGAUGGAAAACGCCAAGAUAGAUCUGGAGGAGGUCAUCAAGAAGAGAGACUUUGAGAUCAACAACAUAAACUCGAAGCUGGAGGAUGAGCAGGCUCUCAGCUCCAUGCUCAGCCGCAAACUCAAAGAGCACCAGGGCCGCAUCGAAGAGCUGGAGGAAGAGCUGGAGGCUGAACGAGCCAUAAGGGCCAAGGUGGAGAAGCAGAGAGCAGAACUGUCACGAGAUCUGGAGGACCUCAGUGACAGGCUGGAGGAGGCGGGCGGAGCCACCGUCGCUCAGAUUGAGCAGAACAGAAAGCGUGAGGGUGACCUGCUGAAACUGAGGCGGGAAGUGGAGGAGGCGGCACUCCAGUCAGAGGCCACAGCGGCAGCACUACGGAAGAAGCACUCUGACGCCAUGGCAGAGCUGGGCGAGCAACUAGAGAACCUGACCAGGCUGAAGGUGAAGCUGGAGAAGGACAAACAGAGCAUGAAGGCAGAGAUCGAAGAUCUCAACGUCACCAUGGAGGCCAUUCAGAGAGCAAAGAUGAAUUCUGAUGCCCACGCUCAUAAGCUGGAGGACAGUCUGGCAGAGGCCAACGCUCGCCUGGCUGAGAUGGAGCGCACUCAGACUGAGCUUAACGCUGCCAAAAUCCAUCUGACUGCAGAGAACAAUGACCUGAGCAGGGAGUUGGAGGAUGUGCAGAGCAAGCUGACCCAGGCGACCAGGCUGAAGGCCUCACUCACCUCACAGGUCGAUGAGCUCAAGAGACAGGUGGACGAGGAGAACAAGGGUCGUAAUGCAGCCGUGGUUAGUCUGGCCAAUGCCCGCCAUGACCUGUCCCUGCUGAAGGAGCAGCUGGAUGAGGAGUCAGAAGCUCGAGGGGAGCUGCAGCGUCUUGUGUCUAAACUCAACGCUGAUGUUACCUCCUGGAGGAGCAAAUAUGAGACCGAUGCCAUCCACCGCACUGAAGAGCUGGAAGAGACUAAGCGUAAACUUGCAGUGCGUCUACAGGAGGCUGAGGAGGCGGCAGAGGCGGCCCAGGCCAGAGCUGCCAGCCUGGAAAAGGUUAAACAGAGGCUGCAGGGAGAGGUGGAGGACCUCACCAUAGACCUGGAGAAGUCCAAUGCAGCGGCGGCAGCUCUGGAUAAAAAGCAGCGAGCUUUUGACAAGCUGGCUGCCGAGUGGAAUCAGAAGAAUGAGGAGCUGCAGUUAGAACUGGAACACAGUCAGAAGGAGAGCCGAUCAUACAUGACAGAGCUCUAUAAACUCAAGACGGCCUACGAAGAGAGUCAAGAUCAGAUCGAGACCGUCCGCAAGGAGAGCAAAACCCUCUCAGAGGAAAUUAAGGAGUUGGUGGACCAGCUUGGCGAAGGAGGCCGAAGUGUCCAUGAGCUGCAGAAGGCGAAAAAGAAACUUGAAGUGGAGAAGGAGGAGCUACAGCUGGCCCUGGAGGAGGCCGAAGCUUCGUUAGAGGUGGAGGAAGGUAAGCUGGUGCGUGUACAGCUGGAGCUCGCUCAGGUCAAGGCUGACAUCGACCGCAGAAUUCACGAGAAGGAGGAGGAGUUUGAAGUCACCAGAAAGAACCAUGCACGUGCAGUGGAGUCACUGCAAGCCAGCCUGGAGGCAGAGGCCAAAGGUCGCGCUGAGGCUCUGAGGAUGAAGAAGAAGAUGGAGGGAGACUUAAAUGAGAUGGAGAUCCAGCUGGAGCAUGCCAACCGGAACAAUGCUGAGCUGGUCAAAACCCUCAAGAAACUGCAGCAGCAGAUCAAAGAUCUGCAGGUGCAGAUGGAUGAGGAUGCACGUCUGCACGACGAGCUGAGGGAGAAAUACAGCCUCCAGGAGCGGCGACUCUGCCUUUUGCAGGCGGAGAUGGAGGAACUAAGAGGAGGCCUGGAGGCAUCUGAGAGGGCCCGCAAACAAAUCGAACAAGAACUGGUGGACACCACAGAGAGGUUCAGUGAGAUCAAUAUGCAGAACCAAAGCCUGACUAUUCUGAAGAGAAAACUGGAGGCCGACCUCGCCAGACUGUCCACUGAGAAUGAAGAGCUGAUCUCAGAGUUUCGUGCUGCUGAUGAAAGAGCCAAGAAAGCUGUGAUUGAUGCAACACGCCUCUGUGAGGAGCUUCGUCAGGAACAGGACCGCAGCUCCCACUUGGAGAAGAUCAAGAAGAACCAGGAGCAGAACCUCCGAGACCUCACACUGAGGCUGGAGGAGGCGGAGCAGCAGGCUCUGAAGGCUGGAAAACGUGCCAUCCAGAAACUGGAAACCAGGGUUAAGGAGCUGGAGAAUGAGCUGGACCAGGAGCAGAAACGCCACGUGGAGACGGUGAAAAACCUCCGUAAGGGAGAGCGUCGCCUCAAGGAGCUGAUCUUCCAGUCGGAGGAAGACCACAAGACCAAUCAGCGCAUGCAGGAGCUGGUGGAGAAACUCCAGAACAAGCUCAAGUCAUACAAACGCCAGAUAGAGGACGCUGAGGAGCAGGCCAACUGCAGCCUGUCCAAAUACAGGAAGACGGUCCAUGAGCUGGAUGAUGCUGAGGAACGGGCUGAAAUGGCAGAAAUGGCCCUGAAUAAACUAAGAACCAGGAACCGAGCGUCGACCACUAAAGGCUUCACCUCAGUGGAGAUCGUCCAGGUCACUAAACCUUCCAGCGGAGGACAAAACGACUAGAAAGCAACAGUUACACACACACACACAUCACAUGCAGUGACACACACCCACUCAACCCUGAAGAGCAAGCAUGACUGAGGAAGCAGGAACUCUCCAGAAAAGUCUUAAAAGGCCUCAGAAAGUCUUAAAUAUCUUAGUAAGACAUCACCAAAAGUCUUAAUCUGUGCAGUCUUAUUCUGUGUUAGUUCAUUUUACCCAGCAUGCCCUACUGUUGUAUCGUUAGCCUCAUAGCAUAAUUGCCUAUGUCGUAUUUUUGGCCAAAUUGUGAUAUCUGCAUAAAAUGAAGUAGCAGUGUUGGGAAAGUAAAGUUAUGCAGAUAAUGAGGCCAAAAAUAUGACUAAUGGUAUGUAGAAUGUCUUAAGUACAGUGUAUGCAGUCUUUUUGACCGAUAUAGUUAGUAACAGGUGUCUGGUUAAAUCCUUUGUUGUCAUGUUUAAGUGUUUUACUCCUCAGCAUCACCGUUUUCAGGAUUUUUGCAGGUUCUAACAAGCUAAACAUGACAUUGUGAAUUCAUUAUUAACCCUUGAAGACCUAGACCUAUUUUUGUGGUGAAAUGAAUUUUCUUGACAUUGAACCUUUCAUUAGUGAUUUAUCACCACUUAUUAUAAUGCUAUUCUCUGCAUUUUUUAUUUUUCAGGGAAAAUCAGGUAUUUUCCUAUAUUUAAUUUACUGACCAUAUAGGUGUUCAUAAAAACUUAUUGUAAAUUCUGACGAUAAUAUUUUAAAACAGUAAUAAGGGGAACACAAGCUGACUUUUUCCAGCAAAAUGUAUCAUUAACUGAACAUAAAAAUAGGCAUGUACAUCCGCUGUCAUUUGUUAAACUACAUGAACUGUACCAGUGAGUAGAUACUGCACAUGACAGUGUUUUCACGUUACUACUUAGCCUCUGUGGAUCCAAAAAAGACAUGUCAGAUGUUACUGAAAAGCUGAAAAACUGCACUUUACUUGAAUUAUUUACAUGUAUUGAUAGGGUUAGUGCUUCAACAUUUUAGAUCAGUAGAUGUUUUUAGUCGGUAGCAGCUGAGGGUUAAGAUCAUUAGAGGGGAAAUGCCCUGGAGGUAAGACAAUGUUAGAUAAUGGCAGGUAUAUGCUGGUGGUUUCAUGGUUUUCUUUAUGGGUCCUUCUGUGAAACUGGUCCCUAAAAAACAGGACAGAGGGGCUAUAAAUUCAAACCAGAUGUAGACUAAUGUUAUGAA